CUUUAGUAAGCCCAUUAUGCCCAUGAAGUCUGAUGGAGCCCAAAUUCAGAAGUGGAAAUCGCGGAGGAGAAGAGCAGGGAAAGCAGAAGCUGCUACUACCCAUCUUGGUGAACGGCGAUCGCCGUCUGUGAGAUUAGGGUUUUACGGAUUAGAUGUGAGCGUGUGAAGGGGGUCAGGUUAUACCGUGUUUGGUUGCUGAGAAACCAGAAGCAAACGUUAGCGGAUAAAAGUUUCGAGCUCUUUUUAGAGAACUGGAUUGCAAAAUAGUGGAAAUUGUGACGAUGGGGAAUAAGUGCAAUCUGAUGAAAAUUUUAGGAUUGGGAAUUUAGCUUUCUGCAUUUCUAAGCAAGCAAAGGAACAUUUUCUUUUUGCUCAUCCACUGGUUUCCUCUACAAUUGAAUAUCGGACAUAUUCUUUUUUUUUUUUCACCUCCUUUUUUGCUUCUCACUGCUGUGAGAAGAAACAAAAGUGCUAUGGGAGGACAGAAAAAUUUUGCCUUUUUUCUUCAUUUUUUAUUUCUUGUAUCAGUUUGGUAGUUUAAUUAUUAUUCUUAUUUUAGUUCUUUGUAUCUCAGCAUUUCAGUGCGAGUGGGUGUGCCCGUAAUUUUGAGUGGCUUGAAUUAAGAUCUGAAGCAGCAGCCUUCUUUAAGGAGGAAUCUUCUGCAGGAGUUAUAGGGCUGAUACAGGCAUGGAUGUAGACGAGGAAAACCCUGUUUCAGUUUCACUUGCAGAACCUUCUGCGGCAGUCACUGAUGAUCAAACUCCAGUUUCAACCAUUGAUCCUACCCCACUACCAGCAAUGCAACCUAUUAUACCUUCAUUAGUCCCCCCUCCAAUUGUGCCUCCUAUUGCUCCCAUACCCUCAGUUUCUGCCCCAAUCCUCCGGCCAUUGGCUCCUCUCCCUGUGCGUCCACCUGUCCUUAGGCCACCCCUUCCACAAAAUGGUGAGAUGAGAGCCAGUGAUUCAGAUUCUGAUCGUGAUGACUCAGGCCGUGCCCAGGCAGCUUCAGGUUCAGCUGUAGAAUAUGAGAUUUCAGAAGAGAGCAGACAGUUUAGAGAGCGGCAAGAAAAAGCAAAGCAGGAAUUCUUGAUGAAGCGUCGUGCUUCUGCUCUAGCAGUGCCUACUAAUGACAUGGCUGUACGGACUCGCCUUCGCCGGCUUGGUGAACCCAUAACCCUUUUUGGAGAAAGAGAGAUGGAAAGACGAGAUCGGCUGAGGAUGAUUAUGGCAAAACUGGAUGCCGAGGGGCAAUUGGAGAAGCUGAUGAAAGCUCAUGAGGAGGAGGAGGCUGCAGCUCCUGUUGCAAUGGAAGAAGUUGAAGAGGAAACUCUUCAGUACCCAUUCUAUACUGAAGGUUCAAAAUCUCUUUUAGAGGCUCGAGUUGAGAUUGCUAAGUAUUCGAUUAAGAGAGCAGCUUCACGUCUUUACCGUGCAAGGAGGAAAAGGGAUGAUCCAGAUGAAGAUUUGGAUGCAGAGAUGGAUUGGGUUUUGAAAGAGGCUGGGAGUUUGGUCUUAGAUUGCAGUGAAAUUGGAGAUGAUCGACCACUUUCUGGAUGUUCUUUCUCACAUGAUGGAAAACUGCUUGCCGCCUGUGCUCUAAGCGGAGUUGCUAAGAUAUGGAGCAUGCCUCAAGUAAAUAAGGUCUCUGCCCUAAAGGGACAUACAGAACGUGCAACUGAUGUUGCAUUUUCUCCUGCACUCAACCAUUUAGCAACUGCCUCUGCUGACCGAACUGCAAGGUUGUGGAAUUCUGAAGGGUCUCUUCUGAAGACAUUUGAGGGCCAUCUGGACCGUCUUGCCCGCAUCGCCUUUCAUCCAUCAGGGAAAUACCUGGGCACAGCUAGCUUUGACAAGACUUGGAGAUUAUGGGAUGUAGAGACUGGUGAGGAGUUGCUUCUUCAAGAAGGUCAUAGUAGGAGUGUAUAUGGGAUAUCUUUCCACCGGGAUGGAUCUUUAGCAGCAUCAUGCGGACUGGAUGCACUUGGUCGUGUAUGGGACCUUCGGUCUGGGAGAAGCAUUCUUGCAUUGGAAGGCCAUGUUAAGCCUGUUCUGGGGAUAUGUUUUUCCCCUAAUGGUUAUCAUUUAGCCACUGGUGCUGAAGACAAUACUUGUCGAAUUUGGGAUUUAAGAAAGAAGAAAUCCUUGUAUGUAAUUCCAGCUCACUCAAACCUUGUUUCACAAGUUAAAUUUGAGCCUCAAGAAGGAUACUUUUUGGUAACUGCUUCGUAUGAUAUGACAGCAAAGGUAUGGUCAGCCCGAGAUUUUAAGCCUGUUAAAACAUUAUCUGGACAUGAAGCAAAAGUUACAUCUUUGGAUAUAACGGAAGAUGGACAUUGUAUUGCAACUGUGUCACAUGAUCGAACAAUUAAGUUGUGGUCAUCUGCAGAAAUUGAAAAGGAGAAGGCUAUGGAUAUAGACUAACUUAAUUCCCAAUACCAUUCUCAAGAAACUUCAAAUAUGUGGGGGCCUUUCACUCGGCUGUGAACAUUCAUAUAUGCAAUUUUAAUUGAGAUAUCCACCAAGGAGACAUGAAGCAUACGUGGUUUCCCCAAGACAGAAUUUUCGACUUUGGAAUUACAUGUCUACUGUGAGAGCAAUUUUUGCCACAGGUGAUAGGGACCUCCCGUACCUUCUGUGUCAAGUCUCUCAUAAGCAUGCAUUUUUGUUCUGUUUGGUUCACCUGUACCUGGUUUCUUGUAAUUGAUUUGAAAGGGAGUAAACAGAUCCUAAAUUUAGCAGUGGUAAUUUGUGAAAUGACCUUUCAAGCAACACAAAAUUUGUGCAACUUUUAAGAGAUGCUAAUCUGAGGUUGAUUUUGGCUA